CCACUCCCCUCCCCACCAUCUCCCGCACCUCCCCUCCCCCUCCCCUCCAUCAUUUCUCAGCCUGAUCCUCAACACGGGACCGGGGCCACCGAGACAACACCGGCCUGAGCCACAUUGUGCUAAUGACUUCAACUGCUGGACUCCUGGGGGCAUCACAACUGAUUCUGGGUGAUGAUAUGAACACGGUGAACGACCCACAUAUGGAUAAAUCAGGAAACUCUCAUUGAGAUAAGCUGGGAGACCACCACAAAUAUCUUCUGGAAAUUAUUUCUGAAUGUUGAAGAACUUUGCGAGAGAUGAAUAUUUUAUUAUCAUUCUGGUUUUCUCUCACUAUUUCCGUUUCAAGGCUGGACAUUGGCCAAUACAGUGACGAGGACAUGGGAACAUAUUGAAUAUUUCAUGGCACAAGAAAGGGGUAAAAUGGCAAAUUCAUCUUCGUUGGGAAGAACAUGUUAUGGUCCAUGCGGCUCUACAAUGUAAUUUCUACCAAUAAACCCCCCUGCUGAAAGGAUUUGCUGACAAUGGCCCGUGAUAGAGACCCUCCAUUCAUAGGUUUCCAGUGCUGAGCAAGACCCCCAUGAAAUACUCCGUUGCCCCGACUGAGAUUUCAGGCCGAGACACCAAAACAUUUCCCAGAAGUUUCUUCAGAAUCAGAUUUCUUGUUUGGAAAUGAGAAACAUGUCGGAAAGGAUUCUCUGUCUCUGGAUCCUGAAUCAGAUUGGACAAAGUACUUACCUGUAAGGGAGGCCCAGGAGCAACACUCACAUCUUUGCCCCCACGAUGAAAACCUACAGUAAGGAUUUCUGCUCUUCCAUUGCAAUGUCCCCACGCCAAGUGCCAAGAUGCCCAGUGUAGGAUUCCAGAAGAACUCAAUGAUGUGCGGAUGAAAGGUCCCGGCGUCUAUAGGAGGGGAUUUAUAGAACGCUCUGGGGGGUGGGGUGGGGGGAUAAAUUGGGAAUAAAAGAACUUUCAUUGACUGAUAAUUCCACUUACAUCUGAUGCUGCACAGAAAGGAAAAGAUUAGUGGAGAAGCCACUCCAGUGAGGGGUGUAAAGUGUCUACUUGAAAGAGGGUCUAGUGUUCAGACUCCAGAAGAUGACCACUGGUUCCUCUGACCUGGUAACCAUUCUUGGGGUUGAUAAGAACGGAGCCAUGAAUCUCCUGUACAGAAAGAGUAGAGUGGAGUGGAGGCAGAAAGACGAGGAGUCAAAAAAGAGCAAUACAGGGAAGGUCCGGGACAUGGCCUCGUUCCGCCGCCACUUCAGAAUGGGAUUUAUGACAAUGCCGGCCUCGCAGGAACGAGACCCUCUCCCCUGUGGGAAUGCCAUGGCCCCCCGCUCCCUGUCCUGUCAUUCUGUUGGCAGUGCACCAGAUGAGAGUGGGGGAGAAGGUGGACCCACAGGGAGGAGACCCCCAGCCAAGCCUAAGAGGAAUCCCAGCACCAAACUCAGCUUUGCCGGUGAGGGGAGAGUCCAGGAAGAACGCAGGAUCAGGAAGGAAGGAGGGUCCCUAAAAAGUGCCUCUGAAUCCCGCCGCAUGCCCCCACAGAAGCCGCAGCGGAGCCCCCAUACGCACCUUUCAGCCUCUUUUGAUGAGACCUAUGCCAGACGACCAGCCUCCACCUCUGCAAUCCUACCUUCCACUCCAUGCUCGUCCUCUCACUCCCCAGAAGAGCCUGUCUACAUUGAAAUGAUGGGAAAUGUUUCUAGAAGGCUCCCUCCACCUUCGACCCCAGCUCCACCAGAUGAAGAUUCGGAUGGAGAAGAAGAGGCCAUUUAUGAGGAAAUGAAAUAUCCUGUCCAUGAAGAACAUCCGUCUCAUCUGCGACAUCCUCAGCGCCGCCGCCCCCCACCACCCAGGACACCUGAAGUGGACAUCCCCCCUCCUUUCCCAAAUUUACUGCAGCAUCGCCCUCCACUACUUGGAGCCCCUUCAGGCAAGGGCAAUAAAGUCACAAAACCUGUUCCACCAGUGUCAUCCAAGCUGCCAGUUCCUCAGAAGGAGUUGCCACCCUCAGUUGCUUCCUCUUCCAUUCAUCUCCCUCCUUCUGGACGUGCUCGUAGCCAUUCAACUCCAUUGCCCCCACAGGCUUCAGUCCAGCACAGGCCAGAAUCUGUAACCCCAAUUUCUCGUGGGUCAGGCUGCACACAGGAAAAGGGGACAUCAAUGCUUCCCAUUCCACAUGGGCAAUCACGAGACAAAGCCCUCUCUUACACUAUGGUCUACUCUUCAGUGAAGGUGACGCAUUCCCUACUUCCAGCCUCACAGGUGGAAGAGAAAACAGAACGAGAGAUCUCAGUGCUGGCGGGACUCAUCUGUCCAGCAUCCCGUGUGGCAGGGACUCAGUUGACCAGCCGCCCACCCUCAGCCCAGCUUCACCAAGGACUCGGGGAACAGUCUUCCCCUGCUGUCUGGACGUAUCCUGCAGGCAGGAGGCCACCAGCAUAUGAAAAUAGCAUGAAGGGCUCCAGAGGAACACAGGCCACAGAUCCUCGAGGAGGGAUGGUGGUGGAGGAUGAAAAGGGUGGUACUGUGUGGGAAUUACAGAGGAGGAUGUCAUGCGGGCGAAGAAGCCAAAUUGGCGAACCACUUGCAGAUGGAUCGCGGGUUUGGAAUGGGAAUCCAACAAGAUCAGAAAAGGGGAGUCAGGGCAGUGGAGGUUCAGGAAUCCCAGUUAGAACUCAGCAGAGCCUGGAUGGUGCAACUGGCCGUGGAGCAGGCAAGACAGGGCUACCAGUGCCAUGUCAAACCUUCCCAACUUGUCACCGUGCUGCUGAUCUUGGGGGAAUUUGCCGUCUGGGUCGCUCUGCCUCAACCUCCGGGGUACGUCAAGCAUCGACUCAGCGGCAGAACCAGGCCCUGCUGCCAAGUACACCCCCAGUCCCAUCAUCCAGCAAGGAUAGAGACGGAAAGCUCCAGGAGGUCAUUGAACGGAAGCGAUUCCUGUGCCAUGAGAUUAAAUCCCGGCAGCCAAGAGUGGAGCGGGGAUUGUGCAAGCAGGAGAGCCUGCCCAUUCUGCCCAGCUGGCGUCGGGGCCCUGAGGGAAGGAAAGGGGGUACCCCGCCGUGCCAUCGGCAGCAAGCUGUGGUGUGGGACACUGCCAUUUGAGUUUGUCUGCCUAACUUCAACCUGAGAUCUCUCCCAGGGAUGCUGGCCGGAACCCUGAAGAGGGAGGCAAGGGUGGAGACAAGGUGUGGUUACGAAAUGGAGAUGAGAUACUUAGUAGAGGAUGAAACAUGAUCUGCAUGUAUUAAGGAAUUAGUAAUAUGUCAUGGAUAACGAAUGUAAGGGAGAAGCUUGGAGUAUUGUAUUAAUGAGUAGAACCAAGAUGUAAGGAUGUUGGGAGUGCUCUGCGCUUUCAUUGGGAGGGGAAGGGUGUCCCCUUAUGGAAAAUGAUUAUAUGUAUAUACAGUGCGCCAUGAAAGAGGGAGCUGAUUAGGCACCGAUUGUUUCUUGAGUUGGAGAGUGAUUCUCUCUGCUGAAGGGUAACAUGAGCGACUCUUGGCAGCUGGAGAAGCUGAGUGCUUCUACGACAUGUUGAAGAGAACCUGCCACUAGGAGGGAAAUGAGGAAUAUUGAUCUAAAUGAAGUUUCUUGUAGUUUACAUACGGGAAAUUUGCCCUUGGAUUGGGGGCAGGAAGGGGAUUCAGAUGCUCCCUGGGGACAUUAAAUUGAAGUGAUAUCAUCUAUAGAAGUGGCACUUUGAGUGCAAUACCCUGUUCUUGGGAGAUACCAUGAUGGUGGGAAGGUUGGCAGGCUCUGAUAACAAGUGAUAUAUCUUUGCCCUACACUUUCCAAGUAAUGAGAGGCAGUAAUAAAGUGCCAAACAAGUGUGUGUCCGACAGUAUAUUCCUGUGGAGCAAAGAGGUCUACUGGAGAGUUCCUUGGGUGGUGAGUCACACCUUGGGAUGCUGCCUUGUAGAGCAGGUCAUCAUGCCCAAGACCACAACAUGAAUGCGCCGCAACAGGUGCAACACUGAGGCUUGCAAAUAUUUUAUAAGUUCAAGUUCAAGACUGCUGCCUACUGAGCUGGCCUACAAAACCCAUCAUCAUCAUCAUUUUAUGCAAACUGGUGCCUUCAACUGUCAUGGGAUAUGGAGAGCAGCAGCAAGUGGUCAGUCUGGUCAGUAGAAACUGGAGAUUAAGUGGCUCAAGGUUUAGAGGGAGCCUUGCAGGUUGGAUCACAACAGACAUAAAGUGAGGCCAAGAUAAAGGGAGUGUGAUACAUAACAUAAAGCAAGUGUGAGUGAUGCUGUAAUAGACAGUGAGUGUGAGUGAUACUGUGUAAAACACAGAGAGAGCCCAGGAUAAAGGGAGCGUCAGUGAUGGGAUUCGCUUUAUCUGAGAUAAACGUCUAUAUCAUCAGUGUGACCUUCUUUAGAGUCGGAGAUUGGAACUACGAAGCAGAACAAUUCUCAUGAUUCCUUGACAGUCACAGGCUGCUAAUGCUGAGCCUGACUGACCCCCUUCCUUCCUUAUUGCCCCUUCCAUCAGUCCCAACAACUGCAACACCCGGCAAGGCAGCUUUAGGCAACUGCCCCCUCAGAACCUACCAGAUUCUCCUCCAGCUUUUGGGGGGGAUUUUUUUGGGGUUACUAGAAAAUUCCUUCAGAAUUCCUACGAAUCCAUAAUCAUAUGACAUAUCGCUUUUUAUUAGCUUCUUUUUUCCCCCCAGAAACUGUAAAAAGAUUUUGAAUAUUUCUCCAUGUAUAUAAACAGUAAAAAAAAACUUUUUUUUGUACAGAGGAGGAACUGAAAGGUUAAAAAAAGAUUGUAACAUCAAUUCCAUUUGCCUCUUUAAAUCCAUGUUUUGUUGCUUAUUGUCGCUCUCUCUCGCAUUUCAUUGGCUGCUUCCUUUCUCUUAUUGUAACCAGAAGAAACAUGUGACAAAAGAACCGUUGUUUGAAUGUAUUUCAUAGCGCUCGUUUUUAGAAAUGAUCCGUUUAUUUAUUUACUGAUUUUGUUUAUUUAUUUUUAUGCAACUUUGUUUUAGAAUAUAAAUUGUGUUUCAAAAAUUAGAGUUGAAUCAAAUUGUCAAUUCAUUUUAUAUUUAUUUAAAACUUCAAAUUUUGACUAUUUUGACAUGAUUCAAGCAAAUCGUAGCAAAAAAAUUGGGAAAUUGAGUUACAAUCUUGAAUUUCGACUCCCUUUGAUUUUUUUUUAAAAAAUUGCAACUUUUAAAGAAAAACUAUAAAAAAUUAUAAAUUGACAUGAAUGUUAAACGGAUCCCCUUCACUGAAGUAAAAUAUAAUUCAUAUUCAAUUAUUUCAAUUAUUAUGAUUGAAUUAUUUUGGCAGACUUUUAUCAUUAUUAUUAUUAUUUGUACCAAGAAGGCAGUUAUCAUAUUUUCAUAUUCAAUUUUUUUUUUUUUGUUUUUUUAUUCUGUCAAUUAAUUGUGGAAAACAUGUUGAUUUUCUUUUUGAAAAAUACAAAUACUACACAUUUACGGAAAAUCUUGAUGUUUGAUCAUGUUUAUUUGAGAAAAAACCUGGGCUCCCUUCAAAAAUUGUAGUAUUUAAUUGAUUUUAAAAAAAUUCAACUUUUAAAGAAAAACUAUAAAAAACUUAUAAAUUGGCAUGAAUGUUGAAUGGACUCCCCUCUUUGAAUUAUAAUGUAAUUCAAAUUCAAUUAUUUCAACAUUUUCAAUGAAAAAAUGCAGCAGCUAAAAAUUUAAGCUUUUUUCUUUUUGAAAUUUUUGUGAUUUGUGAUUAUGUGAUUUCAGCGGCCCCCGCAAAUUUAAGCAAUUGAGUUUUUACAGUUUUUUGAAUUUCUCAAUUUAGAAAUGAUUCCAUUGGAUCAUGUUCAUUUGAGAGAAAAAAAACCUAGACUCCCUUCGAAAAUCGCAGUAUUCCAUUGAUUUUAAAAAAAAUUCAACUUUUAAAGAAAAACAUAAAUUAUAAUAUCAUACAUAUUUGAUUAUUUCAAAAUUGUAAAAGUUUUAGAUGCCAAAGUAUCCAAUUUCCCAAGAUGUUGUUAGAUUUAAAAACUUGGAAGUUUGGAAAACUUGAUUUUGAAUCUAAUCGAAUUUGUGGAUUCUGCCACCUAUUUUAAGAAAAAUUAAACUUUAUUUAUUUUUUUUUUUUUAAAAAAUGAAAUUAUUAAUAAAUUGAAUGUUGAAAUCUACCUCCCCUGACUUAUACAGAACUGGACAAGUUUUAGCUGCUGAAUACUUUAAAUUGUUUAAAUUUAAAAUUUACAUUUUUGAGAUAUGGAAAACUCCGAAAACGUUGAAAAUAUUCACGUUGGCAUUUUUUGCUGUGGUUUUCUUAUGUCAGUAAAGACACUGGAAUUAGAAUGUUAAUAAUAAUUGAAGCUACUGCUACUAGUAUGGGAUCUAUUAUCCAGAAAGCUCCAUACUGUACCUACUGGAUGUUGAGUAGGCAUUGAUCUUCUAAGAUGAUUUGCAAUUGGUCACUUUUUUUCUCCUAAGUUAUUGUUCAUUUUUUAUUUAUCUUUAUGUUCAGCUCUCUCCUAUUAAUCUUCUUUUCAUUUCGCCUGCCAGGUUGCUAAGGCACGUGGGGCCCUAGCAACCAUUUAGCAAGUAAAACCCCAGAUGGAGAUUAAUCUGAAAUUUCAUUUUAUGGUAAUAAAACGUUGGAGACAUUUCACGAUUUUCGUGACUUAUUUCUGGAAUUCUUAAACAAAUUUGAUUUGGGGUUUUAAUGAAUGUAUUUUCCUCUGGCACCUUGAUUCAUCAGUCCCAUCUGAAAUAUGAAUGUAACUUUUGUAAAUGUAAUUUAUUUGUUAUUUUCUUAUGAUUUUCUAAUAUUUCUGCAUAUUUAAAUGUUUUCUAUGAUUCUCUUUACUUUCUGCCUAAUUUCAUUGCCUUGUACUGGCGGCUCAUGACUCCCCGCAUUUAAUAUGUGCUCCUGUGUUACAAGUGAACAUUCCCCUUUUUUGCACUUUAUUUGGCUUUAUUUUCAAGUAUUUAUUGCCAUUUACUUUCUGAUGUUUCGAUAGAAGGAAACAAAAAUGUGCUGUUUGCAGCCAAAAUGAAUGAACCUGUUUACAGAAUAGAGAAUAAAGUAAAGUUAUGAGGACAAAAGCGGUGUUUGAUUAUGUGC